AUGCCUGGCUCGUUGCCUGUUAACCAAAAUAUUGAGAUCUUAGAGAAUGGGAAGACCAUCCGCGACAUCAUAGACAGUAAAAUAAAGGAGCUGGAUUCAGCGGAGAAUCAACAGCCAUUCUUUGUGGCCAAUCUUGACUGUGUGUUGAAGGCACACCUCAGGUGGACCAAAAACUUACCUCGGGUCAAGCCUUUCUAUGCAGUCAAGUGCAACGAUAAGCCAACAGUUGUCUCAAUGCUGAGUGCUCUGGGUACAGGCUUUGACUGUGCCAGCAAGGGGGAGAUCCAGCUGGCCUUGUCUCUUGGAGUGACACCAGAUAAGAUCAUUUAUGCAAAUCCCACCAAACCAUCUUACCACAUCAAAUACGCCGCCUCUCAGGGAGUGGAUACAAUGACUUUUGAUAACGAGGAAGAGCUGCUGAAAAUUUCUUCUUUACACGCCCAAGCCAAAUUGGUUCUUCGCAUUGCUGUUGAUCACUCCAAGUCACUGAAAAAACUCAAUCUGAAGUUCGGUGCCACACUGUCGUCAGCUGGUAAACUGCUGGAGCGAGCUGCUCAGCUGGGUCUACAGGUCAUCGGGGUCAGCUUCCAUGUGGGGUGUCUGUGCACUGACAGUCUGACCUUCAAACGGGCCAUAGCAGAUUCUCGGCAUGUCUUCGACAUGGCGAAAUCGCUGGGCUUCAAGAUGAGCCUCCUUGAUAUUGGCGGAGGGUUCACUGGAACAGAUCGCUUUGUGAAUUUUGAUGAGUUUUCAGAAGUUAUUAAUGAGUCAUUGGAUGAAUUCUUUCCGUCUGAGAGUGGGGUGAGGAUCAUUGCAGAACCAGGUCGAUACUUUGUGGAGUCAGCGUUCACACUGGCAGUGAACGUCAUUGCCAAAAAAACCGUGAUGAAUGAAACAGAAGAAAACUCAGACAACACUGAAAGUGGCCCGGACAGAACGAUGGAGUACUACAUCAACGAUGGCGUGUUCGGCUCCAUAAGUUCUGUUCUCAAUUUUCCUGACGUAAAGAUUGAACCAUACCUCCACAGGGCUGUUGGGAGCAGUGAGCUGAAGUACAAGUCAGUCAUCUGGGGACCGACCUGUGACUGCAUUGACAAAGUCCUGGAGAACUACUGGAUCCCUGAGCUCCGUGUGGGGGACUGGCUUCUCAUGGACAACGCUGGAGCUUACACUUUGAGUAUAUGCAGUGACUUCAACAACUUUGAAAGAGCACUCAUUUACUUUUCAGCGUCUGCUGACACUUACAACAGAUUCAUGCGCUCACACAACCAGCACAGGGCCUGA